GCCCCGGAAGCAGCGCCCGGCCCGGGAUGGCGGAGGCGGGGGAGGCGGCCGUGCUGGCCUGGAUGGACCAGGCGCUCGACGUGGCUAAGGAGGCGCUGGAGAAAGGGGAGGUUCCCGUGGGCUGCUUGCUGGUCUACAACGGCGAGGUCAUAGGCAGGGGCAGGAACGAAGUCAACGAGACGAAGAACGCUACCCGACACGCAGAAAUGGUGGCAAUCGACCGGGUCCUUGAGUGGUGCAAGCAGCACAAGAGGGAUUAUCGGGAGGUGUUCCCGCAGCUGGUGCUGUACGUAACUGUGGAGCCCUGUAUCAUGUGUGCAGCUGCCCUGCGCUUGAUGAAAAUUCCACGGGUCGUGUACGGCUGUCGAAAUGAGCGAUUUGGAGGCUGUGGCUCCGUUCUGAGCAUCUCAUCUGAUGAUAUGGUGGACUCAGGAGACCCAUUUGAAUGCUCUUCUGGCUAUCGUGCUGAAGAAGCAGUGGAAUUGUUAAAAGCUUUUUACAGACAAGAAAAUCCCAAUGCACCAAAAUCCAAAGUACGGAAAAAGGAUCGUCGUCAGUAGCCCUACACUUACCAAAAAAUAAUAUGUGAAGGUUUCUUCAGCAUGCUGCUUUUUGAAAAUGUGCAGUUCAAUCAAACUCUGUUUAAUUUUCUCUGCAGGGUUUUUACUAAUAGGAUACUUAGUACCUGUUCCUGCAUUUUUAUAUUUAUGAUUUCUUGUUAUCAUGAGAAAUCAAAAGAGUAAAUGGCUGUUUUUAGAAAGAGGAAAACUGGUGGUUCAAGUCCACUUGUUUACAGACAGAUCCAUUACAAUGGUAUUCUGUACAGUACAUUCUAGGAUAUUUUUUUCCUUCUAUGUGUGGAGAAGCAUCUUGCUUUUCAAUAGGAAAUGUUUGCUUAGGCAAGCAAGCAUCUCUCUUAGAAGGUUACGUUUGUAAGUCCUUUACAGUCUCUGUGUGUGUAAAUUCAUUCAAAAGGCAUAUAAAGGAAUUGUACAGUCCUUGAAGACUUAAGACCAUUGCAAAUGUUUCCUCAUUUUUUUCUACCUUAGCACCAGCCAGAUUUUCAGAGGUAAUUUCUGAAAGUCACAUACCUGUGUAGACAGGGACAUACAGACAAUCACACGUCCGUUUGUGUCUGCUGUUGCUUAAUAAGGAUAAGCAAGUAUCACUUGACUGCAUAACACCUUCAUACAGAGUUGUGGAGAAACUCUCCACAAUUCUCUUUAGACUGUCCACUCCUCUUGUGAAUAUCAGCAUAAGAAAUACUUCAUUUUUAAGAAUCCACUAAGAAGUUGUUCUGAGCUCCUAAAUUAUUUACUAAAUAUAUAUAUAUAUUAUAUAUAUAUAUAUGUUAGUAUAUAUAUAAUUAUAUACUAAAUUAUAGUAACCAAAAUGGCCAAAUACAGGGGAAAACCCAGAAAUUAAGUUGGUAAUAAUAUGAAUAAAAUGUAUUUAAGACACUUUUCAUAGUGUUGGUUGGCUUUGUCAUUUCCAUGUACUUUGCCUGGCCAUGCAGUAAUUUAUAAUCCAGAAGAGGGCCUUCAAGUUCCACUAAUGAAUUAAGAAUACGAGUAUGGUUCAGUCUUGAUUGUAUACCUCUUAGUGGAUACUUACAUGAAGGAUGAAAUUAUUGGUAGUUUAUUUGGCUGUUACUCAGAAAUUUGAGAAAUGCUGUAGCUUUUUUUAUUUUAUGCAGAAGAGUGUUCAAAAUUUUAUAACUAUAAAAACUAAAUACAGUUAAAUUUUUUCGGUAUUUCAAAUAAAUGCUUUCAAAAGUGUUUUUAAGAAGAAUAUUAAAAACAUUACUUUGUCA